GUUGGGAGGACCAGAUCCACUAGACUACAUCAGCAUGUACAGAAAUCCGGGGAACACCACACAAGAUGUUCCAGAGCAUUGGCAUUAUGUCAGCUUUGGUCUGAGUGACUUGUAUGGGGAUAAUCGAGUGCACGAGUUUACUGGCCUGGAAGGUCCUAGUGGCUUUGGCUUUGAGCUGACCUUCCGAUUACGUCGAGAAGCUGGAGAAACAGCACCACCAACUUGGCCUGCUGAGCUGAUGCAGGGACUGGCCCGAUACGUCUUCCAGUCAGAGAAUACGUUAUGCAGUGGUGAUCACGUUUCGUGGCACAGCCCCUUGGACAACAGCGAGUCCAGAAUACAGCACAUGUUGCUGACCGAGGACCCACAACUGCAGCCUGUCCACACUCCAUUUGGAACAGUCGCAUUCCUCCAGAUUGUUGGCGUCUGCACAGAAGAACUUCAAGCAGCGCAACAGUGGAAUGGGCAAGGGAUCCUGGAGCUCUUGCGGACAGUCCCUGUAGCAGGCGGCCAUUGGCUAAUCACGGAUAUGAGGAGAGGGGAGACGAUAUUUGAAAGCGAUCCACAUUUACAGGAAAGAGUGGACAAAGGCAUCGAGACUGACGGGUCUAACCUGAGUGGUGUGAGCGCCAAGUGUGCCUGGGAGGACCUGAGCCACCCCCCCGAGGAUGAGGACGACAGCAGGAGUAUAUACCUCGAGAUGCAGCCUCGUCGCUUGUCGGAUAAAGACACGGAGCAAAUCCGAGAGGUCUUGCGCAGAGGCCUUGAAAUGAACACCAAACCAGUUUUACCACCGAUCAGUUCUCAGAAACCACAGCAACACAACGGAAUGAACCACGACCGGGCACAACAAGUGCAAUCAGUGGGCCAUUUCCAGAGCAAGCAGACUGAAAGGAAUAGGAAAGACAGUUUGGAGAGUGAAAGUUCAGCCGCAAUUGUUCCCCACGAAUUGAUCCGCACGCGACAGCUGGAGAGCGUCCAUCUCAAAUUCAACCAGGAGUCUGGGACACUUAUUCCCCUCUCGCUCAGAGGGAGAUUGCUACACGGAAGGCACUUUACGUACAAAAGCAUCACAGGAGACACAGCGAUCACAUUUGUUUCUACUGGAGUCGAAGGAGCUUUUGCUACAGAGGAGCAUCCCUACGCAGCUCAUGGUCCCUGGCUACAGAUCCUGCUGACUGAGGAGCUGGUGGAAAGGAUGUUGGAGGAUUUAGAAGGCCUGACCUCUCCAGAAGAACUGAAACUGCCAAAGGAGUAUAACUGGCCCGAGAAAAAACUGAGAAUCACUAUUGUACCCGAAUCGGCAUUCGAGAGCCCUCUGCAGUAACACGUUGACAGUCCCGCUGCUGUGUGGCAUCUUGUAAAGCUCACCAAGCUGAAUUUGCAGUAGCACACUUGUGUUUUUAUAUAGGAAGGAUAACUGUGUAGCCAUUGCAAAAUGAAAGGCAGUUGUUUUUAAAAGCAAAAAAACACAGGAAAUCCAUUCCAAUUAAACUGGAGACUGUGUUGAUUGUUCCUCUUAUUUUAGCUCACUGUGUAACUAGUACCUUAAUGACAACCGUGUGGGGAGAGAAGACCUGUCGCCCAUAUUAUCAGGGUUUCUUGUAGCUGUGACCAUGCUUGCUGUAUCCGUCAACUCCACUGCUGACUCCAGCACUAAACUACAAGCCAGUGAAUGUGCAGAUCAGGACAGAGAUGAGUUGCAUUUGCAGGAAACUUAUUUUGUAUUAGUCCUGACUGACUAGUUUUGUACUUUUAUAUCUUUUUCAUCAGAAAAUUGAAUUUUUAAAUGAAUUAAUCAAAGUGGGAGAGUGUGGCGGAGGAAGGAGAUAAGAGGUUCAGGUCUUGUGGCGAGUUUAACUUUUUCUGGUUGGUGAUACAUUGAUUGUAUCAUCGUGUUAUUUCCACUUGUUUUGCUAUGUUGUACACCACAGUCAUUUUCAAAUGUUAAUUUUGCGUAAUUACUUAGUCUUUAGAAAUGUAAUCUAAAUUAUUUUGUUUAUUUUCUCUCUCCUUUCUCCACCCACUCUACAUGUUUAAAAUCCACAUGUUUAAAAUAACUUUCUGGUAAGCUUACAUUGGCUUAGUUGUUUGUCCCCCCCCCCCC